CUCUCUCUCCCCCCCCCCCUUCCAUCUGCCUUCCUCCCUCAUGCAUCCAAAAGCUAGUGAGACAUCCAGAAAGAGACAAAGCUAGGAGAAAAAGCAAGAGAUAGAGAGAGCGAAAGAUGCCUCAGGCUCCUUCAACAAGGUGGUGCCCAACACCAGAGCAACUGAUGAUACUGGAAGAGAUGUAUAGGAGUGGAGUUCGGACUCCCAGUGCUUCUCAGAUACAGCAGAUAACAGCCCACCUCUCCUUCUACGGGAGGAUUGAGGGAAAGAAUGUGUUCUACUGGUUCCAGAACCACAAGGCCAGGGACCGGCAGAAGCUCCGAAGGAGACUCAGCAGGCACCAGCACCUUCUCUACUCCUGCUCCCACCCACACUCUCUCCACCGCUUAGAGGAAACCUUCCAUCCUCCACCACUUCCUCCUCCUCUUCCAUUCCGCCACCAGACCCUACCUAACUUCCUCCACCAGGUCCCCGUCACCUCUUCCCCUCUCUGCCAUUGUUUCUCGGGAGGAGGAUCCCGGGAGGCAAACGAAGGACUAAAUUUGCUCUGCAAACUGGAGACCGGCGGAGGAGUAGAAACCCCAGCGAGGGCAAGUAACAUGGGGUAUGGGUAUGAGCGGAUGGUGAAGAUGGAUGGGGGCUCGGCGAUUCCACAGUGCUGCCCUCGGCCUCUCAAGACUCUGGAUCUCUUCCCCACCAAGAGCACUGGGCUCAAGGAUGAGCGCAGUACCAGCAAGUCUUCCUCAUGCUCUACGUCCACCAACUUGUCUCCAUAGCUGAUGGCCUCUCUAACGGGCUAGGUGUCUAUCCACCUAAAUAUACAUGGGCCUAUCUAUUAUGUAUCUCUCUAGAUCUUUUCCUGUAGCUUCUUCUCUUCUGCUGGUGAUGCUAAGAGUGUUG